UGACACACUAUCGAUAUAAAAGGGAAAAAAAAAAAAGUCUAACGCUGGAGGGAAUUACAAAAUGGUAAAAAAAAUUUUUAAUGUCCUAUCAACAGUAAUAUAAUGUAUUUGUUGUCAAUUCCACGUUUGAAGUCUUGUUCUCGCAGCAAACUUCAGGUUAAUAUAGCAUUAAAGGGCAAUUUCAUUUGUAUCCUGGGCUUGAUAUAAUUUAGGGAUGAGUCAGAAAGGUUUUAUAUAUAGCUUUGUGGCAAAGGGUACAGUUGUUUUAGCAGAGCACACGCCAUACUCGGGGAACUUUAGUACCAUUGCUGUUCAAUGUUUACAGAAGCUUCCUUCAAAUAGCAGCAAGUACACAUACUCAUGUGAUGGGCAUACAUUUAACUUCCUUAUUGACAAUGGAUUUGUUUUUCUUGUUGUUGUGGAUGAAUCAUCAGGAAGAAGUUUGCCCUUUGUAUUUCUUGAGCGUGUGAAGGAUGAUUUUAAACAGCAUUAUGGUGCAAGUAUUAAGAAUGAGGCGCAUCCGCUUGCAGAUGAUGAUGACGACGAUGAUGACUUGUUUGAAGACCGAUUUAGCAUCGCCUACAAUCUCGACAGAGAGUUUGGGCCAAGGCUCAAGGAACACAUGGAAUAUUGUAUGAACCACCCAGAAGAGAUCAGCAAGCUAUCCAAAUUAAAGGCCCAGAUAACAGAGGUCAAGGGAAUUAUGAUGGACAAUAUUGAAAAGGUUUUGGAUCGUGGGGAGAAAAUUGAACUUCUGGUAGACAAAACAGAGAACCUACAGUUCCAGGCUGACAGUUUCCAGAGGCAAGGAAGACAACUGCGACGGAAGAUGUGGCUGCAGAAUCUCCAAAUGAAGUUGAUGGUAGGAGGAGCAAUCCUUGCUCUGAUUGUUAUACUUUGGCUUCUUGUCUGUCGAGGUUUCAAAUGUUAAGUGGGGGACACAUCCAGAUGGCGAAAGAUGGUGGUAGCAUUUUCUUGUUUUUUAGUCCUUCGGUGUACAAAAAUUUUAUAUGUUCUUUGAAGAGAUCGGUGGUGGAAUGAGAUCCAACUAUUGCUUAGUGCUGUAAUUACACCUUUCUACUUAUUGAUGUAGAGAAUGUGACCAACCAAGCAGUUGAUAUUUGUGUGGUGAAAAUGCAUUUAAAAAAAAAAAACCACCCUGUGAAAUUUCUGUGCUUUUUA